AUGGAUCGCAUCCACCACAACGCGGCACUGGACGAGCUUCGGCAAAAGUGUCAACGCUUCAGGGCUGGCGAUCAGAGUACGGGAAACUUCGAGGAUAUCCUUACCUGGGCCAAGGCAGCGCCGCGGAGAUUUGGCGUGGUUGAGGUGAGAGCGAUGCUCCGUCCGGCGACCGCUGCUGAUCGCGACCAGUUGAAGCGGUGCCUAUCCGAGCUGGACUCUGACGAGGUGACGAACCCGGUGCCAGGCUGGGCGGCUAUAGGCAGGGCUGCGUUGUGGCAGGAACAAGAUUUCCUCCGCAACAAGAACGUUGAGCGGCUGCAAGCGUGGCAGCCUCCUCCCCCGCCUGUGAGCGAUGAGUUCAAACUCGUCCGAUCUGAGUACAGCACUGAGGAUAACAAAUAUCGGCAUCCGUACAAUACCUUUGUCGUAUGUUCCUGCGCAGUGCAGUCCAAACUCGUCAGCCCUAUCAUUCGGGAGCUCGAUAGGAGGCAGGGGAGUGGGGACUUCGAUGAGCAGCUCAAGAAGCUCCUCGAGCGCUUUUGUCUCGAGCUGAUCAAGGUGCGCGAGCGAGUGCUGGGCGGUGAGUAG